GUCCGCACGCCUAGAUUCGGGCCCGAGUCCGAGUUCCCGGCCGCGAAUACAUGCCUUAGGAACGACCAUAGGAUGUUUAGGUAGGUAACAUACAAUUCCGAGACGAGAUAGGAUACUACCCAGAUACUGUUAGAUGUUAUUGACAGGAGAAUGGGCAUCAGAGCCUUCAGUAUUUAUGUUCGUGGUGUGCACUUCAUCAAAAUGUUGUUUGUAGCAGGCGUUCAAUAUACGCUUAUCAAGAUGUGGAGCUCCGCAUGUCGUCGGAGCUGACAACAUAUCGUCAUCAACAUUGCUAUGGAAUUUCAUCCACCUUUGCGACGAAAGCUCCAAUUGCGCCGAUUCCAAGUUGCAAUUGAGAACGACUCGACCGAUCGAUCCCUAAACGUGCGCAAUUCGAGAAUUAGUCGCGCCAUAGAUGCUGAGCCAGCUACAAAUCCGCCGUGGUAAUCAAUAAUCAUUACCGUCCACGAUGAGAGCAGUACGCUCUUUGCCCUCGACGCCGCUUCUGCGGUCUCCUGCGACGGGUUCACGGCUCCCAUUUGCGCCCCGCGUACGAUGUCUACAAAAGCACCCGUUUCCCGUUCAGCGCCGGACCUUUCUGCGCGGUCGGCAACAGUCGUCCGGCCGUGUUGUUGAGAACCUCAACCUUAACCGUUUGAGGGACAAAGCCUACAACUACCACGUCAGACGACGCAAUUUCCUCCUCUGUGGCGUUAUCGCAGGCGUUUUCGCCUCUUGCUACACUGCUUAUCUCCUCUCCGUUGAGCUGCGCAAGCCCAAAAAGCUCGACUCGGGACUCCCUGACAAGGCCGAUCCUUUCACCACCGAGGCUGGGGUCAAACGAAAGACCGUCUUACACGAUGCCGAGGGCCGUGAGAUUGUCCCCACAGGAAACAGUACAGUGCCUACUUUCCCACGCUUAAUAGAUCUAGCUGUCGGGGCUGAGGAGGGCCAGGAGAAACUUAACGGCGUCGAGUACACCCUGGUUGGCCUCGGCGUGCGCACGGUCACGUUUCUGGGCUUUGAAGUGUAUAUGGUCGGAUACUACAUGGCGACGCAGGAUAUCGCCGCGGUACAGGCCCGGCUCGUGAAGGAGAUCAACCCUAUCGCCACGACGCUGGUCCCCAGCGAGAAGGAAACUCUACGCAAGGCACUACUCGACCCCGAGCACGGCGAAAAGCUCUGGAACUCCAUCCUCAAGGACAUUCGUCCCCGGUCUCUAUUUAGGAUCAUUCCAGUUCGCGAUACCGAUUUCCACCAUCUAAGAGACGGCUUUGUCCGCGCUAUCACCGCUCGCACGCAAGGCAACAACCCUGAAUUCGGCGAUGAAGCCUUCGGUCUAGCUAUGAAAGACUUCAAGUCGCUCUUCAACCGCGGGAAGGUCCCCAAGUCCCGGGAAUUGCUUCUAUGCCGAGAUGCCGUGGGACGGCUGACCGUGACAUACGAUGACGGCAAGACCGGUAUGGGCUCAAUUGGCCGAGUGGUAGAUGAGAGGGUGUCCCGCUUGCUUUGGCUCAACUAUCUAGCCGGCAAAGCAGUGGCCUCCGAGCCCGCGCGUAAGAAUAUCGUGGAUGGCAUUAUGGAAUUUGUAGAGAGGCCCAUUGGCACCGUAGCGACUCGUGUCAUAUGAGCUGUUGCCACGCUCCUAGGAUGGGUAAAGCAUAGCAAGGCGCUCAGCGCAUGUAUGAUUUAUGUACCAAAUACCUCGACUCACAUUUGUAUCUAGCCUUUCAGAAUCGCUCCUCUGGUCAAGUAAAUGGCCGAGACCGGAUCUAUCGAACAAAUCACCGCCGUACAUACAUAUAUAGCGGUAUUUUCCGCUACUAACAUGAGAGCUGA